UUCAUCCCGUGACGUCAGGGAGGGUUUUCCCUUGGAAUUCGAAGUGAUUCAGAUUGGGGCCUACUUCCUGUCACAGUUGCACUUGUUUUCUUAGAAAAUUACCCAGUGUUGUGGAUAAGGACACGGGGAUUUUAUACUGCGUUCUUUAUAGAGGAUUGAAGUUUACCCAAAGCGACGAUCAGAGGACCAGAAGUCUCAAACUACAAACUAUUUGAGAUGUGUUGUGGUUGAAGCUAGCCAAGCAUUAUGUCUACAGGAAGAACCAAAAAACCUCGACCAAAGCUUCAAUUUGAUCCUGCCCACAAUAAGCCUCCUGCAAGUCCACUCCCUCCCAGAGAUUUGGAUUCAAAGGCCACUAUAACAAUCGAUGACAAGUCCUUUGUAUGUGAAGCUGAUGACUUAGAGGCGAUAGUUGAACUAGGACGAGGUGCCUAUGGCGUGGUGGAGAAAAUGCGACACAGACCCAGUAACACAAUUAUGGCGGUCAAGAGGAUACCAUGCACAUUAAACAGUCAGGAACAGAAGCGACUGUUGAUGGAUUUAGAUGUAGCUAUGAGAAGUGGGUCCUGUCCAUAUACAGUGCAUUUUUAUGGGGCAUUAUUCCGAGAGGGUGAUGUAUGGAUAUGUAUGGAGGUGAUGGACCUAUCUCUAGACAAAUUCUACAAGAAAGUUUUUAAUCUUGGGAGAACUAUACCCGAGGAAGUCCUAGGGAAAAUUGCAAUAUCUGUAGUGAAUGCUUUGAGCUACUUACAAGUGGAGCUAAAAGUAAUCCACAGAGAUGUAAAACCCUCAAACAUUCUCAUCAAUGCCUCUGGUGUGGUGAAGAUUUGUGAUUUUGGCAUCAGUGGCCAUCUUGUAGACUCUGUAGCCAAGACAUUAGAUGCUGGCUGUAAACCAUAUAUGGCUCCUGAGCGUAUCAACCCUGGAAAGGGCCAGAAAGGUUAUGAUAUUAAAUCAGAUGUGUGGAGUUUAGGGAUUACAAUGAUUGAAAUUGCUACAGGCAAGUUUCCGUAUGCUCAGUGGGCAACCCCAUUUGAGCAACUCAAGCAGGUUGUUAAGGAUGACCCUCCAAAACUACCAGAAGGUGCCUUUUCUCCAGGAUUUGAUGAUUUUAUAGUUCAGUGUCUUCGGAAAGACCCUGCAGAGAGACCAAAUUACCAGAAAUUACUGGAGCAUCCAUUCAUUGUGGAGCAUACAGCUAAAGAGUAUGAUGCUGGGCCUUUUGUUAGUGAAAUCAUUAACAUGCCUCCUCCUCAACAACCUUACAAAUAAUGGGAAUUCUGACCCACCCUUACAACAUUUUCAAAUAGCCCAGUUUCUCCAUAGGAAAGAAGGAUUAGUACUUGUACAAACUCUUCUCUCUCAGAAAUAAAGGUGGUGCAGUUUAAAAGAGAUUUCUUCAGAGGACAAUUCUGAUCUCACACACAUGGUGAAAUGUUGGACAGAGGAGAAGUAUUCGAAUUGCCAUUUGGGAACUUAUAAAAACAGACCACUUGAUAAGGAAAAAACUUGCAUGAUGUUUGACUUGAGUAGAUAUCUGUACUAAUUAAGAACAAGUGUAAAUGUGGGAUUAUCCACAGGUUUCUGUACUGCAUCACACUGGUUUGUCAUUCAGCCAAAGCCCAGUGUCUGUGAUAGGACUUCAGAAACUGAGUUAUCACAAAGUUUUUCCUGAUGUUGCCCCAUAAAUGGGGUUUAUGAGGUCACUUCCUUUUAGGCCACUACCUGCAAGGAAGCAAUUUUUCUGGGGUAACUUCCAAUAAAAGGUUACUUUUUAUGAGGUCACGUCAAGUAAACAAGAUGAAGAGCUGCUGCAGUGAGGGGAUUAUUUUUACUUUUGUGAAGUGUCUUGUGUGAAAAGAUGUGAUUUUAGUAUAUCAAUAGCUAUAUGAAUGCCAGUGUGGAGGAAGAAAGCUUGUGCUUCAACAAGCUGGUAAAUAAUGUUGUGAUUUUGAAAAGACCAAAUGCUGUUAUUAAAAAAAAAAUAUGAAAAAAAUAGUGUAGCUUGUAUGUUAGAUUCAGUGUAAAUCAAGUCAGGGAAUUGGUCAGGUGUAAAAUUCACUAUAGAUAGCAAUAAAAAGCUGCUCUGUGUCCAGCAAGUGCAUAGUGACCAUCACAACCUGCAUUCAGGGCACUGCUCAGUUACAUUUGAUCAUUUACGUUAAAACUACAUAAGAGGCGUGAAGUACUGUCAUAAUUGAAAGUUAAUAUCAGAACCUUUCAUCAAGUAUCAAUUAUUGAAACUGAUUCAUUUUACUUCAUUUUGACGCAAGCAAUUGACCAGGUUCUUGCUGGCUUUGGAGGUAGAUGAUGUAAUGCACUUAGCCCAAACUGGCUAGCUGGACACUAAUACGGUAGUUUUGUAGUGUGACAAAAUGCCAAAAGCCCUCAGUGCAAGAACAAUGACAUGAGUUGAGUGGUUUGAAAUUAAGGUUAUUAAUUAUUAUUAUUAAGAUUUGGGAUAUGCUUUGAAGCUGUCACCAUGUGUAAAAUAUGGAUUUGAGUGAAAGAAUUUGGUAACAAUGAUAGCCUUUGAUUCUAGCUAAAAGAUGUGUAGAAGAAUUGUCACAUGACAAGACAUCAUAUUUGCUGGGAAAUUGGGCAAUAUACAAAACCAGCUUGGUAAUACAAAGACUGCCAGUGUCCAAGCCUAUGAUGAAGGGUCAAAAGAUAUAUGAACAAUUGUUUCUGUCACUGACAGCAAAUCGUUAGCUCUCUUGCAGCUAAAACACCUUCAGUGUCAGUAUUUAUUUCCAUUAAUGAAUCUGCCAGAUAUAUCUGCAGAUAGAUUUUCACCACCAUCACUUCUACCAUAUAGUACUAUUUACUUAAUUGCAAUUUUGUGGAAAGCUUUUUAGUUAAUGUCACAAUUUGCAUUUAUGACUAUCCAGACACCUGUCAGCUAACCAUGGAGAUAUUUUGUAUGCUGUGGUCCAAUGCAUAAAUGUGUGAAUUGUUCUGUGGAAUUUGAGAUUAAAUUAUGUGAAAGAGAAAGAUUAAACUGUUGUACUUGCAGGACCUGCCUCAGAUAGAAGUGAUUCAAUAUUUUGUAUCAUAAUUAUUAUCAUUACAUAGUUUAUAGCACUUAACUACAGUUUGAGAGACAGAUGUGUUAUCAUAUUUUAUGUCAGAUGCAAGCUAUAUUAUAUCAUUAUAUUUAUUCUUUGAAAAGGACAAGGGAAUAAAUACAGUAGUUGACAACAA